GAAGCGCCGGCCGCAGCGCACAAUACUUACCGUAGGUAGAUAUAGCUCUGUGCAAUCAUUUUAAUCCCCGGCGUUAAUAUAUCGAGGCCGGAUAUUCCGUGCAAAUUUAACGGUUUUCGCUCUUAUACGUAAUACUUUUCGUGCCUUUGUUAUGUGUACAAGUGUGUGUGUGUGUGUGUGUGUGUUUUAGCGCGUGAGCUCUUAAUUUCGUGCAGUCGGUCUUAUUGUUUGUCGUUAAAGCGUCGCGGAGAGCGAACGAAAAAAGGAGCCGUUAAUUUACGGCGGUCAGGUAAUGGUCGAUAAAUUUUAAUCUGCUUUCGCGCGCGCGUACAUGCAACAAUGGCCUUUUUCUUAGACUUAUACAUAAAAAAAAAGGAACAAUCUCAUUUCGCUCGUGUGUGCAAGCUCCCUGCAGCGGCCGUAAAUUAGAGGAGUUAACGUCGUUUUAAAAACUCGAGAGAGAAGAAAUUUCGAAAAAGCUCAUACGUGCAGCGAAAUCGAACGAUUCGAAUUUUUGGCCCCACGUGACCCAACCUAACCUCACCGACCAAUCAAUACUCGCUUCUGCUGGCGGUGUAUUAGUAUAGCGAGUAAGCGCUCACGGCGACCUCUUGGACUCGCAGUAGUUCAGUAUGUUUUGAAUGGGCUGGCUGGAGGCAUGAUGCUUGAGAUCGAGGUUAGGAUUACUCUAUGAAAACACGUUGUCGUCGCUGAUAAACAUGGAGCAGUCGUCGACGGAGAUUGUCGCCGACGUUCUCGAGGAGGGACAGGCCAAGAUACUCUUGGAGAAGAAGAAUGUGUUCUACAAUCCUGUGCAGGAGUUCAACCGGGACCUCAGCAUCGCGGUGCUGUCGCAGUAUUCCAAAGAGAGAAGCAGCCAAAGUAGUAUUGACUCUGCGAAGGAGAAGCAGAAGGAUGAUUCGCAGAAGACUGGUCUGAGGGUCCUGGAGGCUCUGUCUGCGACAGGUCUGAGAAGCAUAAGGUACGCAAAGGAGGUGCCUGGUAUGGCUGAGAUUGUGGCAAACGACAUUUCUAUUAAAGCUGUGGAGGCUAUCAAGAGAAAUGUCAUUCAUAAUGGAGUGGAGAACAUUGUGAGACCGCACAACGAUGAUGCCACGAUGGUCAUGUACCAGAAUAGAAGGACAAAAUUUGACGCUGUUGAUCUGGAUCCCUACGGUUGUCCUAGCAUAUUCCUCGAUGGAGCUGUGCAGUGUAUAAAGGACAAUGGGCUGCUGCUGGUCACAGCCACGGACAUGGCUGUGUUGGCUGGAAAUUCUCCAGAGACUUGUUACGUGAAAUACGGUGCCGUGUCCCUCAAGUCCAAGUCCUGUCACGAAAUGGCCUUAAGAAUACUGCUGCAACACAUAGCCAGUCACGCUGGAAGGUACGGCAAAGCGAUGACGCCGCUGCUGUCCAUCAGUGCUGACUUCUACAUAAGAGUGUUUGUGAAAAUCCACACUAGUCAGGCAGCUUGCAAGAAAAACACGAGCAAUCUAGGACUAGUAUAUCAGUGCGUAGGCUGCGAAAGCCUGACUCUCCAAGCACUGGGCACCAAUCCAUCCAACAACGUCUACAAGCUACCUCAUGCGCCUGCGGUCGACAAACUGUGCUCUAUUUGCAAUCACAGACACCACAUGGGUGGUCCCGUCUGGCUGGGGCCGCUGCACGACAAGAACUUUGUUAAAAAAAUCCUGACUGACAUCGACAGUCCAGAAGACAACAACCUCAAAGCGCUGAAGACCCUCAGGCGAAUCCAAGGCAUCCUCCACGUGGUCCAGGAAGAACUGGAAAACCCGCUGUACUACCAGCUCGACAGACUCACCUCCAUAAUAAAGUGCAACGUACCGCAGAUGGCGAGCUUCAGGUCAGCACUGCUCAACGCUGGCUACAAGGUCUCCUACUCUCACGCCAACAAGAGCUCCGUGAAGACCGACGCACCGAACCAAGUGAUCUGGGACAUAGUCAGAGCCUGGGAGAAAGAGAACCCGGUGAAGCGAGAAAAGUUCGAGUCGCACAGCGCGGGCCUGGCCAUUCUGAACGCUGAGUCGGAAACCGAGGUCUCCUUCAAGAAACACCCGGACGCAGUGCCGUACUCCCAGCAGAAGAAACUCACGCGUUACCAGCUGAAUCCCAGCACCUACUGGGGUCCCGGAACGAGGUCCACCACGAUGAUUCAGAGCGAGAGGGGCGCCGGUAAGAAGGAGAGAAACCAGAACAAGAACAAGAGGAAACGAGAGCAGGACAGCUCCGAGUCGACGACGGUCGAGGAGAAGAAGCAAAACGUCGCUGAUGAGCAGCGGAACGAUUGAGUUGUUGAGAAAAGUUGACGUUGUAAAUAUUAUGCAGUAAAUAAACUUUUCAUUGUUUCGACACA